UUUGUGUUUCAAGUGCAAGACUUUGAAUUAUCUGCAUAUCAUCUACUUAUCUGACUAUCCUGGUGAAUUAGAAGACACAAGACACAAGCAGCAAAAUGAGUCAAAACUACCACAAAGUGUAUAUGAACCAUGUUCAUUCUAGCACACUUUUAGCACAGUUGUCGACCAUGUUGAAAAGCCAGACCCUCUGUGAUGCCAUCAUUAAAACAGGGCCAGUGUCAACCCGCGCUCAUAGAGUGGUGCUUGUGGCAGCUUGCCCAAUGCUACAAACCAUGGAAAAUGCAACCUCUGGGUCACACCUUGAGGUGAGAUUGGCAUCCGACAUCAGUCAGGAAUCUGUCAACACAUUUCUACAGUAUCUCUAUGAGGGUUAUAUGAUUUUGACUGAGGAAAACUGUAAUGAAGUGGAGAAAAUAGCCCGACUGUUGCAGGUGGAUAGUAUCACCAAGUGUUGUGCAGAUUUUAACAAGUGUAUCAACAAAUCAGCAGGGGCUCAGUUCAAGUACAGCUUUCAGGAUCAAACAGACUUUAAGCACAUGAGGGUCUCUGACCUGUUUAAAAAGCAGGAGAGAUCUGCUAAACGCACAAAUGAAAUACACAGACCCACAAGUCCUGGAGUGAAGCGACAGAGAUUGCAUUCAUCUAGUCCUAAAAUUCAUGAUACAAGCAGUAUGGCAGAAAGUUAUGGUGCUACCUCAGAUCCAUGGGAUAGAGUUCCAAGACUGGGAUCAGGAUUUCAAGGUCCAGGUGUUAUUGAUAUCAGAGAAGAUGGCUUUGAAUUGGUGCAAACAGAACCUCCUAAAAAGGACUCAAGUGGCAUUCAGGAACCUGUGAAAAUACAGACAAGUGUUUCCCUUUCUGUGUCUAGUCAACACAACCAUUCUUCUGACUUGCGAGUGGUGAAUGUUGUAGGUGAUGCAGGUCCUCCUGUCUCUGAGAGAGCAGGAAAAUCUUUGCAGGCAGCUCCCCCACCUGGUGGGUCAAGUCGAGACCCAAUAAGUUUCAGUCCUGUAGCCAUUCAAGACUCUCCCUCAUCAUCCACAUCUUCUGUAGAAGUCAGUCGUAGCAUGGGUCACCAAGAGAAAGUUCAGCAAAAGAAAGAAGUAGAGAAACAAACUCAGGCAAAAAUUCACAUACCCGACUACUCAGAUUCUCAGUAUACCAGUGAGGUGUUGAACACCAGUACAGGAUCCCGAGCCAGUGAGGAUUUGGGUGCAUCCUACAGAGCUCCGUACCCAGUGGCCAUGACACAGAUUCCUAGGCAGCCAGCACCCAAGCCCUUUGCCAGUGGUAGUGCAUCACAAACAGUAUCCAUGCCAGUAUUCCCAGAAACCAUAUCUUCUCCUGCCUCUCAAAAAUCACAGGGCACAGUCAGAGAGAGAAGUGAAAGUAGUGAGAGGCCAUCAUCUAGUGGGAGAAGUGUGGACACUGGUCAAGAUAAACUAGACGACCAGCCAGAUUUGAGUAUUGUGAAAAUAGAAACUGCCACAGAACGAGACAUGAGUAAUCUAGAAAUGUAUAUGGGGGAUGAGUCAUUUGGUAGUCAUGGUCACCAGCCAGUGAGAGGGGAAGAGGAUGAUCCAGGACCAGAUUACAGUGUGGAAGAACCCCCAGGAGAGUGGCCGAGGGAGGAUAUGUCUAAUGAAAGCAGCAAUGUCAGUGGGAUGGACAGCAGUGCAAACUGGUACUUAGGACAGAUGAAAGCCCUUACAUAUGCCACUACAAAUCAAUCUCAAAAGAAUCCUAUGAAAAACAACCGUCCUUUUGGAAAUCACAUGCCUACAAAGAUCACUCAGGAAGAGACCCAGUCCGGAAGACGGCCAUGCCAGCUCUGCAAGAUACAAGGGGAAAGAACUCCAAAUGGAGGUGCUGUGAUGACGCGUUACAGAUGUUCGGAGUGUCUCGUGCCUCUCUGUUCUGGGGACAGACGUCAUUGUUUCUUCCUGUAUCACAAGAAUCGAAUGAAUCCUAUGACAUCAUCAGGUGUCAGAAAUCCUAGUUUGUACAAUAUGACGAAUCAACCAGAUCGUAGUUCGUUAAGAAAUUUCAAUUGUAACCGACCAUAACCUUACACUUGUCUACCUUUUUAGCGCACCUGAGCCAAAUGCUCAAGUGAGUUUAUCUGAUGGAAUGGUGUCUAGCGUCCAUUAGUCUUGUGUCCUCUGUCCUCUUUAGCUUUUCACAUUUUAGACUACUCCUCCAUGCAGAAUCGGUAGAUUUAUUUCAACCAAACUUGCCACAAAGCAUCCUUGGGUGGAGGGAUUUGGGUUUUUUUUCAAUGAAAAGUCAUACUCUCUUUCAAGAGGAGAUAAUUCAGAAAUAAACAAAAUAUGGUUGGGUCAUUUUUAAAUCUUCUGAAGAACCACUGGACUAGAUGGAACAAAACUUAUAUGAACGCUUCCUUAUAUUGUGCGAAUUCAAAUUUGUUCAAAUCAUGAACCCUGGGGCUAAGGUAAGACUACAAAGGUCAAAAUUUAACAAAAAGAAACAACUUUAAAGAUGAAGCGUCUUCAUAAAGUAAACGUUUAAGUUAGUCCAAAUCAUAACCCCGGGGGAAGGGAUGGAACGGCAAGAAAAGGGAAUCAAAAUUUUACAUGGGAAUCGUAAAGAGAAAGUAUUAAUUUCCUCUCCAGAACAGCACGUCCGUGAUUCGUCAUAUUAAGCAUCCUCUGGUAGUGAAAAAAGAGUUAAAAGCAUGUUCCUUUGGGGUAGGAAAGGAACACAAAAGGGGAAUAAAUUUUACCAAGGAAUAUCAAGGAACAAAUUUUAAUAAAGUCUUUUGUUCUAAGACAGUAACGUUAAGAUUGAUCUCGAUAAUUUGAAUCAGCCCCCUAGAAAUAAUCUUUGAAGUUUUUUUUCCUCAAGAUUUAUCACGGUAUGGUUAUUCAUAUACAUGUAAUAUACAAGCAUCUUCAGGUAGACUAGUGCAGAUUCAGAUUUGUUAAAAUCAUGGUCCUAGGGGUAAGGGUUAAUAGGAUCAAUACAUGAUCAUUUUUUUAAAUGAUAUAUAUCGAGAGAGAUUUUUUUUAGAACAGCAAGGCCAGAUGAGCGUUAUAUGGUCAUAUGCCUCUUGUUUAAAUUACAGCGUGAUUUAUAUUCCAACUAUACAAGUCAUUGACAUUUAAGAUUUUUUUCCCAUUUUUGUUAUUUACCGUGCGAUAACUUACUUUAAAAGACAAUUCUAAAAAUUAAUGAUGUGAUUCAUAUUAUCGUUACGAUGUCAUGUCUUAUUUUCAAGAGACAUAGUAUCAAAUACAAAUACAAAAAUCAGCAUACUUACACGGCUGGUAUAGUCUUAAAGUUUACAAAACGAAGAAGAUGGAAAAUUCUUCAGCAUUUUCUGUAGAAUAUCGGACUACACUUUAAAACCUCCUUCUAUUGUUCAGAUUCUAUUUAUAUAAUUAUUUGGUAAAUUUUAUUUAUGUAUGGUCACACUGGUUUCGGGUUGGGCGUAGUAGGAAGACAAUGUGUUACAUCCGAAUACAUUGAAAAAUCUAAAAUCUUUCUUGCAAGAAAAAAUUGAUAGAUUUACGUAAAAACAAUCCUUAUUGAGAGUUCAUGGAAGUAUUGUUUGAUGUAUUUGGAACCAUGAUGAAAUCACAAAGAUUUUCGAUGGAAUUUGCUGUCACCGGCCUGAAGACGGUGGGAUAUGAAUAUGUAGACAAACUCAUGUGUCUUCGUUGCAUCAAAGUUGUGCACUAAUUUACAUGUACCAUGGGAGCCAUGUAAGAAUUUUACUUUAAUUGUACAGAAUCAAUUUUCUUCAUUGAGGGUCAUCGCUGUGUCUUGCUGAGAUUUUAAUUUUAUGCUAGUCAAUUAAUUUGUAUAUAUUUUUUUGUCUAAUACUAUUUUUGGUGUAUGAUUUUUUUUUUAAUUUUUAAAAUAAAAUGGGCUGUUUAUAAACUUAAUAUAUCGUAUGUAUAGUU